AAAAACUAUACUGUUCUCGAAGUCCGACCGACCCAGACUUUGGCGUCGCAUCCAUGGCGAUCUUCGCUGGCCUUCUCACCUUCGUCUCCACCCUCCUCGCUCUCGCCCUCCGGCACCUCUUGCGCCUCCUGCGCAGCCGCGCGCCCGACCCCGCGGCCGCGGCGGGGUUCUUCCACCCGUACACCAACGACGGCGGUGGCGGGGAGCGCGUGCUCUGGUGCGCCGUGCGCGCCGUCCAGGACCUCUGCCCCGACCUCCCCUGCGCCGUCUUCACCGGCGACGCGGACGCGUCCCCCGAUGGACUCGCCGCCCGCGCGCUCGAUCGCUUCGGUGUCCGCCUCCUCCGCCCGCCGCAGGUCGUUUAUUUGAACAAGAGAAAGUGGAUCGAAGCAAGCACAUAUCCGCGCUUCACAAUGAUCGGGCAAAGUCUUGGCUCAGUAUAUCUCGCAUGGGAGGCUCUUAACAAAUUCACCCCGCAGUUUUACUUUGAUACAAGUGGCUAUGCUUUUACGUAUCCACUGGCUUGGCUGUUUGGUUGCAAGGUCCUCUGCUACACUCAUUAUCCCACGAUCAGUUCUGAUAUGGCCGAACGUGUUAAGCAGCGCAAAUCAAUGUACAAUAACAACUCUCUUAUCUCUGGAAGCAUUUGGUUGUCUCGAUGCAAAGUUCUGUACUACACCAUAUUCAGUUGGUUGUAUGGUUUAGUUGGUUCCUGUGCACAUCUUGUGAUGGUGAAUUCCUCAUGGACAAGAUCCCAUAUUGUAAAUAUUUGGAAAGUCCCAGAGCGUACUAAGAGGGUAUACCCUCCAUGCGAUACUUCCGCCCUGCAGAUGCUUCCCCUGGAAAGAUCAACUACACCUCCUGUUCUUAUAUCAGUUGCACAGUUCCGUCCUGAAAAGGCUCAUGGUCUUCAGUUGGAGGCAUUUGCACUUGCUCUUGAAAGGCUAGAUUCAGACUUUCUUAAGCCAAAACUUCAAUUUGCUGGCAGUUGCCGGAAUAAAGAGGAUCUGGAAAGAUUACAAAAGCUUAAGGACAGAUCUGUGGAGCUUCACAUAGAUGAGCUUGUAGAGUUCCACCAGGAUAUCUCUUACAGAGACCUGGUACAGCUUCUUGGUGGUGCAAUUUGUGGGCUCCAUUCAAUGACAGAUGAGCAUUUUGGAAUAAGUGUCGUCGAGUACAUGGCUGCUGGUGCUAUUCCAAUUGCCCAUAAAUCUGCAGGACCAAUGAUGGAUAUUGUGCUAGAGGAGGACAGCCGGGAGACAGGGUUUCUGGCCUCCAGGAAGGAAGAAUUUGCGGAGGCAAUCCUCAAGGUCUUGAGGAUGCCGGAGCCAGAGAGGCGAGAAAUGGCGGCAGCAGCACGGAAGCGUGCUCAAAGGUUUUCAGAGCAGAAGUUUCAUGAAGAUUUCACUAAAGCGGUUCGCCCAGUUUUAUUAGGACGCUCAUAGCCUUUUGCUCUAAUAGCCAAAAACAUUAACAAGUUCAGCAUGAUGGAGAUUCUGAGGUUUGAGUGCAUCUGCAAAGUUCUAGCUUGAGCUUUUCCAGAUUAUCAGUGUUAGUUUUGUGUAUCACACACACUGUUGUAUAGAGAAGAGCAAAAGAAUGAUAUGAUAAACUCUUGACUGUUUCUUUGGCACUAUACUAGUACUGUAUAUUUUGACCACAAUAUCUGAACUUGAGGAAUUCAACUCCAUGCAUGAACAGAUUUCUAAAGUUAUCCA